GCCCCAGCCCGCGGGCUGCUGCCCGCACUCUCCGUGAGACUACUGGCGCCGGCGCCCGCCCGCGCGGCACCGACGCGGGGAGCGCGCUUUGCGCUGACUCAGCGGCGACGGCGGCGGCGUUAGCGGGCCCUCGCGCUCUUUCCCUUCCUGGGGCGCCGACCCCGCCCGCUUGCUUGCUUGCCUGCCUGCUAGUCCGGCGCCACGCAAGAGAAGGUGCCAGGGGACGCGGAGCGACGAGAGGCGCGCGGCCCCGGCCAGCUCAGUCUCCGGCGUUGGCGCUGCGGCCGUGGCGGAGGACUACGGCGACAAGGACGAGGGCCGCUCUCCCACCUCCCUGCGUGCGGCUUCGCUCCGCUGGCCGACCAUCGGGAGUGCAGGCUGGGAGGCGGGAUGGAGUGAUAGGGAAGACAGAGUCUCCCUCUGUCUGGAAUGCAGUGGUAUGAUCUCAGCUCACUGCAACCUUCGCCUCCUGGGUUCAAGCAGUUCUCCUGCCUGAGCCGUCCAAGUAGCUGGGAUUACAGAUGUUUAUAAAUUCUUCUGUGGGAUCAGAGGGCACACCUAUUAUAACCAGAAAACUCCACGUAUAGCAGCAAGGAUGGAUGAACAGGCUGUAUUAGGGCUAAAUCCAAAUGCUGAUUCAGAUUUUAGACAAAGGGCCCUGGCUUAUUUUGAACAGUUAAAGAUUUCCCCAGAUGCCUGGCAGGUAUGUGCAGAAGCACUAGCACAGCGGACCUACAGACGGAGUCUCGCUCUGUCGCCCAGGCUGGAGUGCAAUGGCGUGACCUUGGCUCACGGCAACCUUCGCCUCCUGGGUUCAAGCGGUUCUCCUGCCUCAGCUUCCCAAGUAGCUUGGAUUACAGUGAUGAUCAUGUAAAGUUUUUCUGCUUUCAAGUACUGGAACAUCAAGUUAAAUACAAAUAUUCGGAACUAACCACUGUUCAACAACAACUAAUUAGGGAGACACUCGUAUCAUGGCUGCAAGCUCAGAUGCUGAAUCCUCAACCAGAGAAGACCUUUAUACGAAAUAAAGCCGCCCAAGUCUUUGCCUUGCUUUUUGUUACAGAAUAUCUCACUAAGUGGCCCAAGUUUUUUUUUGACAUUCUCUCAGUAGUGGACCUAAAUCCAAGGGGAGUAGAUCUGUACCUGCGAAUCCUCAUGGCUAUUGAUUCAGAGUUGGUGGAUCGUGAUGUAGUACAUACAUCAGAGGAGGCUCGUAGGAAUACUCUUAUAAAAGAUACCAUGAGGGAACAGUGCAUUCCAAAUCUGGUGGAAUCAUGGUACCAAAUAUUACAAAAUUAUCAGUAUACUAAUUCUGAAGUGACUUGUCAGUGCCUUGAAGUAGUUGGGGCUUAUGUCUCUUGGAUAGACUUAUCCCUUAUAGCCAAUGAUAGGUUUAUAAAUAUGCUGCUAGGUCAUAUGUCAAUAGAAGUUCUACGGGAAGAAGCAUGUGACUGUUUAUUUGAAGUUGUAAAUAAAGGCAUGGACCCUGUUGAUAAAAUGAAACUAGUAGAAUCUUUGUGUCAAGUGUUACAGUCUGCUGGGUUUUUCAGCAUUGACCAGGAAGAAGAUGUUGACUUCCUGGCCAGAUUUUCUAAGCUGGUAAAUGGAAUGGGACAGUCGUUGAUAGUUAGUUGGAGUAAAUUAAUUAAGAAUGGGGAUAUUAAGAAUGCUCAAGAAGCAUUACAAGCUAUUGAAACAAAAGUGGCACUGAUGUUGCAGCUACUAAUUCAUGAGGAUGAUGAUAUUUCUUCUAAUAUUAUUGGAUUUUGUUAUGAUUAUCUUCAUAUUUUGAAGCAGCUUACAGUGCUCUCGGAUCAGCAAAAAGCUAAUGUAGAGGCAAUCAUGUUGGCCGUUAUGAAAAAAUUGACUUAUGAUGAAGAAUAUAACUUUGAAAAUGAGGGUGAAGAUGAAGCCAUGUUUGUAGAAUAUAGAAAACAACUGAAGUUACUGUUGGACAGGCUUGCUCAAGUUUCACCGGAGUUACUUCUGGCCUCUGUUCGUAGAGUUUUUAGUUCUACCCUGCAGAAUUGGCAGACUACACGGUUUAUGGAAGUUGAAGUAGCAAUAAGAUUGCUGUAUAUGUUGGCAGAAGCUCUUCCAGUAUCUCAUGGUGCCCACUUCUCAGGUGAUGUUUCAAAAGCUAGUGCUUUGCAGGAUAUGAUGCGAACUCUGGUAACAUCUGGAGUCAGUUCCUAUCAGCAUACAUCUGUGACAUUGGAGUUCUUUGAAACUAUUGUUAGAUAUGAAAAGUUUUUCACAGUUGAACCUCAGCACAUUCCAUGUGUAUUAAUGGCUUUCUUAGAUCACAGAGGUCUGCGGCAUUCCAGUGCAAAAGUUCGGAGCAGAACGGCCUACCUGUUUUCUAGAUUUGUCAAAUCUCUUAAUAAGCAAAUGAAUCCUUUCAUUGAGGAUAUUUUGAAUAGAAUACAAGAUUUAUUAGAGCUUUCUCCACCUGAGAAUGGCCACCAGUCCUUACUGAGCAGCGAUGAUCAACUUUUUAUUUAUGAGACAGCUGGAGUUCUGAUUGUUAAUAGUGAAUACCCAGCAGAAAGGAAACAAGCCUUAAUGAGGAAUCUAUUGACUCCACUAAUGGAGAAGUUUAAAAUUCUGUUAGAAAAGUUGAUGCUGUCACAAGAUGAAGAAAGGCAAACUUCCCUAGCAGACUGUCUCAACCAUGCUGUUGGAUUUGCCAGUCGAACCAGUAAAGCUUUCAGCAACAAGCAGACUGUGAAACAAUGUGGCUGUUCCGAAGUUUAUUUGGACUGUUUACAGACAUUCUUGCCAGCGCUCAGUUGUCCCUUACAAAAGGAUAUUCUCAGAAGUGGAGUCCGUACUUUCCUUCAUCGAAUGAUUAUUUGCCUGGAGGAAGAAGUUCUUCCGUUCAUCCCAUCUGCUUCAGAGCAUAUGCUCAAAGAUUGUGAAGCAAAAGACCUCCAGGAAUUCAUUCCUCUUAUCAACCAGAUUACAGCCAAAUUCAAGAUACAGGUGUCCCCAUUUUUACAACAGAUGUUCAUGCCCCUGCUACAUGCAAUUUUUGAAGUGCUGCUCCGGCCAGCGGAAGAAAAUGACCAGUCUGCUGCUUUAGAGAAGCAGAUGUUGCGGAGGAGUUACUUUGCUUUCCUGCAAACAGUCACUGGCAGUGGGAUGAGUGAAGUUAUAGCAAAUCAAGGUGCAGAGAAUGUAGAAAGAGUGCUUGUUACUGUUAUUCAAGGAGCAGUUGAAUAUCCAGAUCCAAUCGCACAGAAAACAUGUUUUAUCAUCCUCUCAAAGUUGGUAGAGCUCUGGGGAGGUAAAGAUGGACCAGUGGGAUUUGCUGAUUUUGUUUAUAAGCACAUUGUCCCCGCAUGUUUCCUAGCACCUUUAAAACAAACCUUUGACCUGGCAGAUGCACAAACAGUAUUGGCUUUAUCUGAGUGUGCAGUGACACUGAAAACAAUUCAUCUCAAACGGGGCCCAGAAUGUGUUCAGUAUCUUCAACAAGAAUACCUGCCCUCCUUGCAAGUAGCUCCAGAAAUAAUCCAGGAGUUUUGUCAAGCGCUUCAGCAGCCUGAUGCUAAAGUUUUUAAAAAUUACUUAAAGGUGUUCUUCCAGAGAGCAAAGCCCUAAGGACUGGAUUUCCCAUGCCUACUUCAUCAUCAGGAAUUCUAGUUAAUAAUUUAUAAAGAAGCAGUUUUUGUGUGCCAUUCACACUGGUCCUUUUAACAUUGUUUCGAGCUUAUUAUUGCAGUAUAUGUUUUGGGAUUUUUCUGUAAAAUGGGUGUAAUUUUCCUAAUACAGGUAUGUAACAACAAAAGAAGUUGCCUGCAUGCCAGUUCAAAUUGUUCUAUAUAAAGAUGAUCUUAAAAGACACAGAGCUAUCCUAGAACCUUAAUUCUUUUGAAAUUUUAAGUCAAAUCCUUUAUAAAGACCAUAGCAGUGGAAAAUAGUGUACUUUUAAAAAAAUUGCUGAAUACAAAAUGUUUGAAAAUUUUAAUUUUCUUUAUGUGUGAAGACACAUAAAGUAUGGGGGGAAUACAAGCGAAACUAACUUUUUGUAGAUAGCCAUUUCAUUCCUUUAAACUGUUUCAAUGCCAAUAUGUAUUCUACAAAAGAGAAUGGUUUUAGGCUCCAGUGUUAUACUUUUUAUAUAUAUAUAUAUAAAUAAAUUUUACGUAGUGAAAUCUA